CUACUGCUUAAUCUUACACAAUGAAAUAGUAUAUUUUUUCUUUCUCUUUAUUAUAUUAUUAUAGAAAUAUUUUUCUCUUUUUUAAAACGGAUAAAUGAAUUUUUUGGAAAAUAUUUUCUUCUUUCUUUAAUUCUUUAUUGUCUAUCAAAAUGACUGAUGACCAACAGCUUUGGGAAAGCUUUCAGUUUGAAGAACCAAAAGAAAGCCUUAUUAGCUUACCAACACAUAUCAUGGAACACAUUUGUCGUCUACUAGACAAUAGAAGAGAUAAAUAUGAAGCCUGCUUGAUUCAUCGUAAUUGGUCUAUUGCAGCUAUUAAAGUAUUAUGGGAAGCACCUCGUUUUGAAAGGCCUUAUGACCUUCGUGACUUUGUAAAAGCUGUCAGUAGAUCCAAGAAGCUUGCCUUGCUUGUUGAAGAUUUGUAUUUGGCUUAUUUGGACAUUCCAACUGAUAGUGUGUUCAAAACUGUCGUACGAUCCACGCUUGACCGUCAUUCAGCAGAAGCUGCAAGGCCUUUAGCUGAUGUCAAGUUUAUCUUUAUGCUCGCUAAGCUUUGUGAAAAUAUUCAGCGUUUGACUUGUUAUGGUUGGCAACUAGAGGCUCAUCAAUUGGACCAAUUGGCUACAAUUGCACCAAAGCUAACUCAUCUUCAUAUCAUUGGCAACAAUCGUGAAAAGACAAUCAGCUUGAGCACUUUAUUCCCAAGGCUCGAAUCUUUGCGCUUGGAUGGUGAAUUCGAUAUAGACGACGCCUGGGUCACGUCCUUGAUCAACAGAGCAAUUCACUUGAAAGAUUUGCAGAUUUCUUUGAAAAACCUAAAGUUCUCCAUUGUCAACAAACUGUGUACACCUGAUUGCUUACAGCUGGAAAAACUCACCAUCACGGAAGCAGCACAAUUUAAAGACAAUCAUACAAGUCUUUUGGGAGCUUUCCUUAGCCUCAAGACUCUCCAUCUAGAGGCAAGCGUGACGAGCCAAAGCGUCUUUCAGAUCUUGAACAAUUGCGCCUAUAUACAAAGAUUGGAGAUAAAAGGAGGUGGUUUGCCUCGCGGGAGUGACAAGACUGGCAGCAACCUUUUCUUAACAAGGAAACCAAGCUUACAAGUGCUCUUAUUGGAAAAUAUGGACGUUGCAGACAGCGAUCUGCAAGCUUUAGGCAGUGGGCUGGAGUCGUUGCAAGUGGUUGGACUUAAACGCUGCCCUCUUGUAUCAAAUGAGGGAUUGUCGUCACUCCUCUCAAGCCAAAAGCAUUUGAAAAAAUUGGAAUUAGUAGAUUGCACCAAUGUGGAGUCGUCAUUCCUUUCAGCCAUAGCAAACAGCACGCCUCACUUAUCGUGUAUCAAGUCUGUAAGAGAUAUCCUCAUCCAAUCGUGUGGAAAAGUAGAACCUGCUGAUAUUUAUCAGUUUUGUUGCAACGCUAUUCAUCAUAACAUUCAGUCAUUAAAACUCUACAACUACGACAUCAAACCAAUCGCAGCAUUCAACAGUCAAAAUUCACCAACAAACAUCGUGUUAAACAGGGCAAGCAUGGAUGCACUUAUUCACACCACCGACCCUUGUAUUUGCCCAAUUCCAUCUGACAUUACCUUGACUGGUCAGCAGGUCAUGCUAUUGGCAAAGCACCUCGAUUUAUCAACCAAAGAGCUAGCAACAUUGAUUGAACAAAUCAAGCAAGAAGACCAACAAGAGCAGAGACCCCCACCAGUAACUACCAUACCUUUGAAGAAAGAGCACAGAAUAUCAUCAUUGAGAGAAUCACCUCGACCUACCACACCUGCCAUCUUCUCAAAAGAUUUCAACGAUAACGGAUCAAUCUCUGUCAUGAAUGAUGAAGAACUUACUCUUGGUGGAUGGGGUGUGAGCAGUGGCACGGCAAAAGACUUUUGGUCUAAGCCUGCUGAAAGCGUACCAGCACCUCCCAAGCAGCACUUCCGUCAGACAACGAGUCACUAUAGAAAUAGCCCAUUGAUUGUAGAAGGUGAUGGUUGGGGUGAACCUUCAAACUAUGUUCCUUGGGAUGAUCUUCGCACUCAAGGCUUUGCUUAUGAAGUACUUGAAGAACAAAAGCAAACUCCUUAUUGGACUCAAAAGGAGGAUGGCCAGUGGGUUCAACUUGGCGUAGAUGAUAAAUUGCAAAAUACGACCGAUCAACCAAAAACCGAUGGUAAUGCUGAUAGAACUGCUUCUCCUCUAUCAUUUUCCGCCAUCCAUGAGGCGACAUCCGCCAGCUAUGAAAAUAAGAAUGUGUCAAGUGUGGCAUCAGUCAUUAGUACUGACGAAAGUUUCGAUUGGGAUGAUAUUAACAAUAACGAUGAAGAUAUUGUCGUCAAAGUCAGGCCCGAAUCUCCACCAAGAACCAAGCCAACUCCUGUUACCAAUGCAGAAUCGUUGCGUAAUACGUGGACAAGUCCUAACAGGCCAAGUUCUGACAAGAAUCGCAAGUCAAAUAAAGGAUUGCGUCAAAAUACCCGCCAUAGUCUUCGCGAACCGAUAGCCCAAGAACAAAGAGCAGGUCGAUGGAAGGAUACCAUUUUUGAUAAUCUUGACGAGCCUACAUUUACUGGGAACAAUUUGCUAGAGCCUCCACCUCAACAACAACAACAACAACAAACAUAUGACAGCAACUCUACAAAUCUCUUAGUUGACUUGGAUGAUGACAAACAAAUUAUGUGGGGAUCAACCUCUAUUCCACCUCCUAUGAGCUUGAAUAAUGAAUUAUUGUUACCCAAUCAACCACAAGCUCCAAAGGAGAAAGAGAACAAGCCAGCCAAUAUAUUAUUUACAGACUUGGCGCCAGGAACAACCACAACAUAUGAUGAUAAACAAGGUCAAAUGCAUGACUUUAACACUUUAAGUGACAUAUUGACUUCUUCACAGCAGCAUAUAAAAGAACAGCAAGAUACUCCGUCCUACAGCAACAGAAACUCUUCAAGUGAUAUAGCAAACCGUUUUCCUUCUCCUGAUUCCAUGCAAGAAAACUAUAUGAAUAACAAUGCCCUUGUUAGCCAACUGUCUUCCUUAUCUUCUCAGACGAUUGGUGUUUCUGAUAAUCAAGUUCCUUUAAACUCUAAUGAACUCGCGGGAAGCAGUUCUUCUCGUCAAACAAAUGACGAUGCGCCUCCUUCUCCUUCCUCGUCUGGUUCAAGAGAAUUGAACAAUGAAGAACCUAUGAAUGACAAUCAAAUUACAUAUGCUCGUCCGCCAACUCCCCAAACCAAAGAAGACAUAAAAAAAUACUACAAAAAUCUCCCCAACUAUCUCACCUUCAUCAAGGUAGUCGUUGAUAACGACACCAAAGAAAAUAGGCUGUUGGUCAUGUAUAUGGACGAGCCUCUCAAAGAAACUUUACAAAAGUUUUGCGAAAAAUACAACUGUACCGAUAAAGUUGAAACCCUAUACCAGAAAUUGAAGCACACUUAUAUGAAAAAGCAUACGCAAAAGAUAUUCAAAAAGAGUAAAAGAAAGGACUCUAUGAUACCUUCUGCCCCUGUCCCUACUGCUAAUCACGAGUCCAUUUAAAUAAAAAUA